AUGGAGGAUAAGAAACGUCUAGUUGAACGCCUGAGAGGAAACCAGCAAGGAUUUGGCUCGAAGCGUAUUAAGAAGAACCAAAUUAAGGAAGCGCUUACCGAUGUGGUUACCUCGUACUAUUUCUUGUACGGUGUUUCCUCCGACAUUCCAUCUGGAUCUCUUGGCUUGUUUGGAUCUAUUCUUUUGAAUGAUGAUUUCAAAUUUUCAAAGAAGAAGUCUCUGCUGAUGAAACUGCCUUCGGGAGCUGUCAUUUUCCCAGGAAACCCGCUCUUUGUAUGGGCAUGUCUAAAGAUUUGGAAGUCACGGAUGUUUGUCUCCGUGUUCUCUACCAUUAUCUGUAUCGUUGCGGCCUGUAUGCUUGCCUGGCCUAACGGAAACAAAAAAGUCGGUCUGGCUGGAUACUACUUGCAAGAGUUCUCUCCCAUCAGUAUGAUUCAAUGUUUAUCCUGUUUUUCAAGUAACACUGGUGGGACUACGAAAAAGGCUGUCAUGGAUGCUAUAUUCUUGAUUGGUUAUUGUGCUGGUAUGGUCAUUGGCCCACAAACAUUUAUUGAAUCUCAAGCUCCCAACUACAUUGGUGGAAAGAUUGCGAUCGUGGUCUCUUACACGACAAGUUUAGUCUUCUUGUUACUUAUCUGGUGGGAGUACGACCACAGAAAUCGUAAGAACUCUAAGAAUCUUAAAGAACAUCCGGAGAUAGAAGAAAAAGCGCGCUUGAUCGAAAACAUUGAAUUUGCCGACUUAACUGACAAGGAGAAUCCGCUUUUCCACUAUUCUACCUAG